UACAGAUACAGGAACCGGCAAACGAUGCAAAACUCAAUGAGAUUCGAGAAUGCACAGAAACGACAUGCCUUGAAUACCUUGAACCCUGCAACUUUGAACUGGUGGAAAGAGCGCGACCUCACAUGGCUUUACGGCCCAUGGCAGUCGGAAUCUCGGGGCCCUGGAGAGGUCAGCAACAGGGGAUCUCCAGACGCCUUAAGCUCUUUACCAUCAGUUCAUAGGAAGCCCAUCUGGAAAUGGAAGUCCACCUCGGCCGCAAUUUUGGGAGGGGUUCAAUCACAAAUUUCGCUCCUGCAACGCGCAGAUGGGCUUCUUAGGGCUCAGUUGGAGACUUCGACCGUCGUGCAGCAAAGAGAAUCAUCGACCGACCCAACAGCCAACUUUAGCAGCUUCGUGAGAUCUGCCACCAGCACACUUCCUGAAGGGCGGAAACGAUAUUCCUUUGCAAACUCUCAACCACCAACUCCUUGUGAGAUCGAGCAUGGCCGUUUCAACGACCAAGUUCAGCAAAUUGAA